CUAAUUUUUUUUAAAACAAAAAUAAAUAAGAGGAUAACAUGCCUAACCAUUCAUUCAUUCACGUAAUAUUAGCUAUGACCAUUUCUUAACCCUCUCCUCUGUUUUUCUCUUCUCCUACCUAAACAUACAUACAAUCCUUUUAUUCUAUUUAUUAAUUCUAUUAAAAAUUUAAAUAAAAUAAAUAAUAAUUUUUGCCUAAAUGUAGUAGGUACUAUAAUUUUAUCUCCAUUUUUGUUCCAUAAUUUUCUCUCAUCUCCUGAACAUGGGUGGUUCUUUGGUAAUGGAGUACCACCAACUUCUACUCAUUCUCAAUACCCAACUCCCAUUUUCUUUCUAACAUAUCUUACAUAUCCAUUUCUCUUUUAUUUUCUCUCCCAUUUUCCUGGAAAAAAACAAACUUGUUAUUUCUUUUACAUUCAUGACAACAAAAACAAAAGACACAGCUUGAAGCCACAAAAGGGUCUCUUUCCCAUUAUCAAAUCUUGGUUUGUGAUCAUUCUUUGUUCUUUCUUAUUGUCAUUAAUCUUUUAUUAUUCCAAACUCUGACCUUUUCUUUGUCUUUGUAUUGUGUGUCUCAUAUCAUUACGUGCUUACCACAAACUGGUUUUCAUUCUUAAUGCAUUUUCAUUAUCAUCAAUUCUUCUUUAUAAGUUUGACUUUGUUCAAUUGUAUAUUAUUAAGAAAGUAAUGAAUUUGAACAGGAAUUUUCAUUGAGGAGGGCUAUUCUACUUUUGCUUUAUCCAUGUCUUUAAAGUCUAUCAUUGGACCUGUCUCUUCAGAGGACAACUCAUUUGGAAUUCCAAAGAAACUACAAGGUGUCCCCAAGCAUGAUGCAGAUUCAGGAAACUAUCAUUCCCAUGACAAAAAAGUUGAGGGAAUAAUGAAUCAACCAAUUGUCUAUUCAACAAAUAAUUCAUCAUAUGUAAUCCAUCAUGGUGAUAAAAAACCAAAUUCAAAGCCAGAUUUGAUCAUAAUUCACCCAUCUAAACCAGAAGAAGUGUAUCAUGAUUCAAAAGUUGUAACUGAUUCAACCACCAUUACCACCACUACUAAGUAUAGCCCAUAUCCUAGCCCAAAUUCUAAUAUGCAAACUACCUCCUCAACUGGGACAGUAGGAGAAAUGCCUGCAAAUUCUAAGACAAAUAACCAUGGACAAGUCAUGAUCAAUAGGGGUCGUAGUAACAGCUUAGAGAACUCCUCUACACAUUUUAAGCCUCACACCGGUGGCGAUAUAAGGUGGGAUGCUGUUAAUGCAGCUUCUAAAGGGUUCCCACUUAACCUCAGCAAUUUUCGACUACUCAAACGGCUCGGUUAUGGAGAUAUUGGUAGUGUUUAUCUUGUUGAACUUAGAGGAACCAAAGCUUAUUUUGCCAUGAAGGUGAUGGACAAAGCAUCUCUAGCUAGUCGAAACAAGCUUCUUCGAGCACAAACAGAAAGGGAGAUACUUGGACUUCUUGAUCAUCCAUUCUUGCCUACUUUGUAUUCAUAUUUUGACACUGACAAGUUCUAUUGCUUGGUUAUGGAGUUUUGUAGUGGUGGUAAUCUUCAUUCUCUUAGACAGAAGCAACCAAAUAAACACUUCACUGAAGAAGCUGCAAGGUUUUAUGCAUCAGAAGUAUUGUUGGCACUUGAGUAUUUGCACAUGUUAGGCAUUGUUUACAGGGAUUUGAAACCAGAAAACGUACUAGUAAGAGAUGAAGGCCAUAUCAUGCUUUCGGAUUUUGAUUUAUCGUUGCGGUGCUCGGUUAGUCCAACACUGGUGAAAUCAUCCUCUGUCAAUGUAAGCAAUGGGGGUAACAGCACUAGUAAUAAUGGGAUUUUAGAUGAUGAAUUUGCUGUCCAAGGCUGUAUGCAACCAUCAACUUUCUUCCCAAGAAUCUUACCAAGCAAAAAGAAUAGAAAAUCAAAAUCAGAUUUCGGGCUCUUUGUCAAUGGCUCCCUUCCUGAACUCAUGGCAGAACCAACAAACGUUAGAUCAAUGUCAUUUGUGGGGACACAUGAAUAUCUAGCCCCAGAGAUCAUAAGAGGAGAGGGACAUGGAAGUGCAGUAGAUUGGUGGACAUUUGGUAUCUUCCUUUAUGAGUUGUUACAUGGAACAACACCCUUUAAAGGAUCAGGCAACCGUGCUACACUCUUCAAUGUUGUUGGACAACCAUUAAGAUUUCCAGAAACACCACAAGUUAGUUUCGUUGCUCGUGAUCUUAUUCGAGGCCUUUUAGUUAAAGAGCCUCAGAAGCGAAUCGCAUACAAGAGAGGCGCCACAGAGAUUAAACAGCAUCCAUUUUUCGAAGGAGUUAACUGGGCACUAGUGAGAUGUGCUAUGCCUCCUCAUGUGCCUGACCCUGUAGAUUUCACUCAGUAUGCUACUAAAGAGACACCAUCAUCUGCUGAUAAGAGAAUCCCAGAAGUUAAAGGUGUCAAAACUAAUAAUAGUACUACUUCUUCUUCUCCUGAUGAUUCUCCUUACAUUGAUUUUGAGUACUUUUAAGACCAAACAUACAUUCUUUCUUUCUUUUUCCAUUUUAAUCUAAAAUAUAAAUCCUUGGAGGAGACUUUAAAUGUACAAAAGAGGAAAAGUUGGAACCAAGUUAGCUGUAUCAAUUGUAAGUUUUACCAAAGUUGUCUUUUGUUUUCCUUUAAUUCUUUUAUUCUUUUGUAUUUUUUUAAACAAAUUUUUCCUUCUGUUUGUACACAUUUGUAUUUAUAUAUCAAAGCUGAAGUUGAUGGCUUUGUCAAAAUAUACAUAUUGAAUAUAGUUUACUUUAAAUUCUUUUAAAUUAGGUAAGUUUUGUUCACAU